CAACAGGUCAAAAUAUCUCCCCUUCCCCCCCACCCCCACUCACAGCACAUGGAAUUUAAUGGACAGUUUCGCUCAUAGGGCUGUGUUGAAUUUCAAUAGCUGAAUCACCCCUGGGCGUUGUAAGGACCGUCUGGCUGCCGGGAUUGCUCUGGGACCUAGCUACAGGUGUCCACACAAGUUGGCAGAUAUGACAUCUACUCAGAGUGGUCAUGGGGCUACCCAGCCAUCUCACGCAGUCCUUCGCCAUAUGUCUGAGGAGGCAGAGGAGGCCAGUGACAGACCCAUUCGGCGCCACAGAUCAUUCAGCGCCACAGACUCCCAUAACAUAAACAAUAACAACAACAAUGAAGAGAAAAAAGAGAAGAAGGAGAAAAAAGUAAAGAAGAAAAAUGGAGAAGAUGAGAAAGAAAAAGAGAAAGAAAAAGAGAAGGAAAAAGAGAAGGAAAAAGAGAAGGACAAGGAAAAAGAGAAGGAAAAAGAGAAAGACAAAGACAAGAAAGAAGGACCAAAGGAGCCAUUCAUUAUCAACCCAGGAAGCAGCCUGUACAACUACUGGCUCUUCAUAAUCUCAAUCCCUGUCAUGUACAACUGGACCGUGAUCGUUGUGAGAGCAUCUUUUGAGGAAUUCCAGCACAGGAACCUGUACCUCUGGUUCUUUCUGGACUACACUGCUGACCUGGUGUACUUGGCUGAUAUAGCCGUGAGAACAAGGACAGGUUACCUGGAGCAAGGCCUACUGGUAAAAGAUGAAAAAAAGCUUUUGGCUGAAUACAUGUCAAGUAAACAGUUCAGACUGGAUGUAAUUUCAAUGUUGCCCACUGAUCUCUUGUACUUUUACUUGGGUCUCGACUACCCCGAGAUACGCAUGAACAAACUCCUCCGGAUCAACCGUAUAUUUGAGUUCAUGCAGCGCAUGGAGACCAAGACCAACUUCCCCAACAUCUUGCGCAUCUCUACCCUGGUCAUGUAUAUCAUAAUCAUCACCCACUGGAAUUGCUGCCUCUACUAUUCCUUCUCUAAGGCCAUUGGCUUUGGCUCAGACCCUUGGGUCUACCCUUCGCUGGAAGAGAAGCAGUUUGGAGAGCUGCUGACGAAGUAUUCAUUUAGCCUUUACUGGUCCACCAUGACAUUGACCACAAUCGGCGAGAUGCCGCCUCCCGAGCUUGACUCUGAGUUCUUCUUCCACACCGCCGAUUUCCUGGCAGGCGUGUUCAUCUUUGCCACUAUCGUAGGUAAUGUGGCGUCCAUGAUUUCCAACAUGAACGCAGCUCGAGCCAAAUUCCAGGCGCGCAUCGAUAACAUCAAACAGUACAUGCACGUGCGCAAGGUGAGCAAGGACCUGGAGUCGCGUGUCAUCACCUUGUUUGACUACUUGUGGAACACCAACCGAUCACAGGACGAACAGGAGGUGCUGCGGUACCUGCCGGACAAGCUGCGGGCGGAGAUUGGCAUCAGUGUGCACUUGGAGACCCUCAAGAAAGUGCGUAUCUUCGCCGACUGUGAGGCCGGACUUCUGAUUGAGCUAGUGCUCAAGCUGCGUCCCGUUGUCUUCAGCCCAGGGGACUACAUCUGCCGGAAAGGCGACAUCGGCCGGGAGAUGUACAUUAUCAAAGAUGGCAAGCUGGCCGUGGUGGCCGAUGACGGGGUCACGCAGUUUGUUGUCCUGGGCGAGGGAAGCUAUUUUGGGGAGAUCAGCAUCCUCCAAAUCAAGGGCAGCAAGGCGGGCAACCGCAGGACAGCCAACAUCCGCAGCGUUGGCUACUCAGAUCUCUUCCUCCUUUCCAAAGAUGACCUGAUGGAGGCGCUCACCGAGUAUCCCGAUGCCAAGGCCAUGCUGGAGGACAAAGGUCGGCAGAUCCUCAUGAAGGACAACCUGAUCGAGCUUGACCCGUCCAAGCUGAAGCCGGACGAGAAGGACCUGGAGGGCAAUGUGAACCGUCUGUAUGGCAGCAUAGAGCUGCUGAAGACUAAACUCUCCAAGGUGUCGAAGGACCACAGUAGGGCCCGAAAGGCACUGAAGGAACGCAUCGCCCAAAUUGAACGUUAUUCGGGCGAAGAGGUGGAAGAAUCAGAGGAGGAGGAGGAGGAGCAGAAAAGAGCCGAGGUUGGAGCGGGGGAGACCCAGCAGGCAGCGGAGGAAGGGGAGGAGGAGGAAAAGAAGGAGGGGGAGGAGGGGGUGGAGGAGGCCAAAGGUGAAGGCGGUGAAGAAAAGGAGGAGAAGAAAGAGGAAGAGGAGAAAAAAUAAACACAUACAAAUAUAUAAACAAUAAAUGACAGACUAAGAAUGAAAGAAAACUAAGACUAAGAAAGAACUGAUUACCAAUAUGAUAUGAUUACCAAUGCAUGAAUUGCAUGAAAUUACAUAAAAAUGUGCAUGUAAAAAUAUGGCAAUGCCAUCACAGAGAUGUAUUUGUGCUGUUUGAGAUUUCAUCAUAGAAUUUACAUGUCUAUGGUCUAUGGUCUGUUUUCUUCAGUGUUUUUUUUUUUUAAGUUUUAUGCAAUAUUUCAUCAAACUGUAAACUAAGCAAAAUCACAGAUACCACUGCCCAACUGACUUACCCAUGCGGUUUGUUUGGAAGUUCCUUAAUUAGUCAAUUACAUUAGUCUUUGUGUUUCUGAUUUAGUGCAAUCAACAGCCACAACAAUUAUAAAUGUGAUGUAAUAAUGUCUGUCUUCUUUGAAACAACAAAGUUAUGAUGGGACAUGAUUGUGUGUGAAAUGUUGACAAACUGCAAAGUAUUAGCAUCCAACUGAAAUGCAUCCAAAGUAUUUAAAACUUUAGAAACGUAAUUCAAUAUUUAGUGAUACAGCUCAGUGAUCAGCUUUUAUGCAAUAGGUCGAUAUAUUAAUAAGAUGACCUUUAACAUCAACAAUAAAUUGAUUCACUGGAAGUGGAUUAAACCAGAGACUUUCUAAUGAGGAGACAGAGCACUCAAAAAAUCCUCCAUAGAAAUGCAUGUGGCUAGUUUGUUUGGUUACACAUAUCCCACCCCUUCCUCGGCAAAACGUCGACAUGUGAAU